AUGGGAAGAGAGAGUAUCGGCGGGCAUUCUGGUGGCCGAUCACAGCGAUCAGAAAUGAAUAUAGCAACAGUAACGGCGCCGGUAGUAGCUUUGUCGAUGGCCGAAUCGUUAAUGUUGUCGGCUGUAACGCUAUCGGUGACAGCCAUCGUGGCUUCUACCGGACAUAGAGAAUGCUAUGUUCCUGAAACGACGCUAAUGUUACAAAAGUAUUAUUUAGGAAAAAUUUUGAAACAUUUGAUUGAUGAAAUGUGA